CAAACUCGUGAUGUCAGGAGGACUGGGAGAGGGUCAGCACAAGUGAAAUCCACGUCUAUUUUACAGGUUUAGCGGAUUAUACAGUUAUAACAUUUGCGAUCAUGAAGUUAUUACGUGAGAUAAACGUUGAGUGUGCUUCUGGUAGCCUGCGGACGAUCAGUAGUCCAAACUGAAAGCGUUUUAACGCGUGCGCUUCUUCCAGAUCGACCCGUAUUUCAGCAAACAUGACACGACUCGAAUUGGACCAAGUUACCGAUUUCGGCGAUUUCACGAAAGGAAACGAUUUAAAGGAGUUUUUAAAGCAGACGUACUCCAACAUCUCUUCUCAACGCCUGUCAGAUGUUCGUCUGAGUCCGGAUGGACGUCACAUUCAUGUCAUCGUGCGUCAGACGCCCAGAAGUGGUCUUAUGACAUAUGACAAAAAUCAGAGACCCCAUCUCAUGCAGUGUCAGAAGCACGCUGAUCUAACGGUGACGCGCAAUGUACCGAUAGUGGAUGUGAUUUAUAUGACACAGAGCAAAGCAGAAGACGGAUCUUGUGUCCUUGGAAUCUUUUUUGAAAAUGGAAAAGCAGAAUUCUGGAAAUUCCUGGAGUGCAGACCAGGAUGGCAUUUACUGCAGACUGUGGAUCUGUGUAACAGCCCUACAGCAAAAGUAGUGUCUGUUUGCAUUUGUCUGAAUUUCAUUGUGUGGUGUGAGGAAAGACCCCUGUCAGAAAGUUCUGGUGGUGCCUGCAACAACUUCAGAUACUGUAUUUGCAUGAGGACUGUAGAAGUGAAUGAAGGGGGUGUCAGUUUGGGGUGUGUGAAAAUUGCACUCCACCAUAAUCCUCGAUACUCGACCAUCGCUUCUGGGGAUUUGGUGUAUCUUCUGCCUGUUACAGACAACUCUCCCGUCGAUGUUUUUAAAGUCUUCCUAGCGUGGUCUCCUGAACAUGACACUUUUAAAGUCCACAGUACCUGUAGUAGUUCACUUCUCAUGAAAAGUUCAAAGAAGGAAUCUGAUUUUACGAGACUGGUUACAGACUGCGUUGGCAUUCUCUCCACUGUAAAUCCUCCUGAUAUCUGUGGAGUCUCACCUGCUGGAUAUGGAGAUCUCCUCCUACUUCUCAGCACUGGAUGGGUGUGCGUUAUAAAGAGAGACGGCGGUCUAUGGAAAAUAUACAAACUGCCUGACAAUUGCCUUACCAGUGGUGAAACGCAAAAUAGCCUUAAUGUAUAUAAAGAAAUCCUGGCACUAACAGUAAACAGGACCCUCUUCUUGAUAGAUACUAAAUGUGGUCUGGAAUUAGAGAGAAUAAGUCUGAAAUGGGAGGGUCGUCUCUUUGUGAACACUUUGGACACUCAAUCUCCACAAAUGCUUUCAGAGGCAGGAUUAUUUAAAGUUACACAAAAAGAACUGGAUGCUAAAGCAAGGUCAAUACCCGUUGACUCAGAGAGUGCUUUAGUCGAGGCUGUGUUUGAAGAGGCAUGUAAAUAUUAUCAGCAACGAAGUCUUAGCAGUACACAGCUCACAGUGGAAAAGCUCAAAAAAGGUGGGAUGUUUCAGGCCCCCAUAUCACUGGCUGCCAUCCUCGGUGACUACCUUAACAACCGAAACAGCAAAACGUCUGAGAAAAAAUCCUCAGGUCAAGAGAGGUUGAUGAACUCGCUCGAAUCUGAGCUUAAGAGCCUUGUUUUGCUAGAGGACAUCAAAACGUCGAUGUUAAAGGCUUCUGAGAAGGAUCUAGAAAGCGACUGUGAAAACCUAGUGCAGCAGGAAAUUUGCAGGCUGCUCAGCGCUGAACUCGACAAGGAAAACCUUCAAUACCUGAACAGCAUCUUCCAUCUCUUUCCCGCCGAGUCCUGGCAUGCCAUGCAGGCCGCCCUCCAGCUGAGGUGCAACGGUGAGGGUUCUCUAUCCUCCAAAGCAUCUGCUGAAUUAUGGAAGAUUAUCCUCAGCCCUGUCCAGCCAACAGCAAACUUCGCUCACUGCAACGGUCAACAGAAACACACUAACGCUGUGCUUCCUGUCUUUGAGCUCCUGUGCCACUCUAUCUUCAAGUUCCAGCCUGACUGGCUGCCCAGGUUUCUCGAGCUGGCACUACAGCAGGUUGGCGCAUCCUCCACCUCUUCGUGGAAUUUCGGUGGGAAGGAGAGCUCUGAAAGCAUUCCGCUGUAUAAACGGGCUUUGACGGUGCUCCCGUGCAAAGGUGCCCAUCAACACCUGGAAGUCGAGCUGCUCUUGUGCAGUCAGCGGCCUAAUGCGAUAAUGCAAGCUUUGAGAAUUCUCAUUGAACUGGGACAGUGGGAACGUGUGACGCAGGUAGCCGAGAGGUUCUGCCGCCAGAGCCCGCUUCUGAACAAAGAGAUCUUCAUCGCUUUGCUGUGUGAAGUGUCCCAGCAUAGGGAUCUAGACCCUUAUUUGGAUCUGUUGUGGACUCUGUGCCCAGACGACAUGAGCGUUACUAGCAUACUCAAUAUCGUAUUGAAAAAUCUGCCGUCGUCCGCACAGAACUCGGGACCUUUUGAGGCUGAGGGCAGCCAGAUCACCAUCGGGCUGUUGAAACCACUGCUUAGAAAAGUUCUCCAAAGGGAGACCAAACCUAGUCAUAGGUAUGCGGACAUCCUCCAGUCACCCACCCGUCCUCCUCCCACCCCUCCACGGCAGGCAAAGGGAGUUGGUGCUGAACUAGACCGUGCUCUACCUGGAACCCAAAUGACAUCUCAAGCCGGAUUGCUCUGAAUUUUCCAUUAUCAAAAUCAAAUGCUUGUCCUUCCCAUAAAGAUAGGAGACCUAUUUAGUAAUAGUAAUUUCCCAGUAUUUACUGUGCAUGUUUACUGACUUACGGGUCUGUAUUGGAUCAGACAAUAUUUUGUUAACCAUUCAAAUUGUAAAGUAUGUACUACUGAUAUUAUCCCUUAUAUUAAAUGUAAUAUAUUCGUUUAAUGUUUGUACAACGGUUGCUUUUAACAUUUAUUUGGUUUACUGCAUUUCAUCUUACAUGUGUUUGGCAUAUGGACAGGUCCUUUAUGCUUUCCUCUUAACCUGUAUUUCUCUUUUGAAACUUCCAGACAUGUCUGUUUUGGGAAUCGUCAGAUGGAGGCAUGUUAUCACCCUGAUUGUUAUUUUACCCACCCCUGGGCACCAUGAUGUCUUUUGCUGAGUUGACACUACAGUUUGUUGUCAUAUGUUGUAAUUAUUGAAAUCACACAUGGAAGAUGUAUCACACCUAUAAUUUGUAUUAGUUAUUAAUAAGGUACGCAGGAAAUGUACAGUAUUAUAUAAUAUAACAUGCAUGCUGAUGCAUUGGGCUGCUUAGACGUGAUUGACAUGUUAAAUGCUUGAGGAUUGCUCUUUAUCCUUUGCUUUUGUGCUAUUAAAGGGCAUUUAACUUUGUAAAACGCAAUUAAGUGUUACUCUGUACUUCUGCUCUUCAGAUACUCAGAUCUGUUUCUGGCUCAUUUAAAUGAGAAUGAAUUGUUAAAAAAAGUAAGGUAAAGUGAAACAUUUCUGUUAUCACUUCCCUGAUAUUGAUGGUUACAAGUAAACACAUUUUUUAUGGUUGUGUGGUCAGAGAGGGGAUUUCGGACGUUCAUAACAUCUGAAAUGUGAAGUCACUAGACCUUUGGAGCCCCACCCACUGCAUUCCUACAGGGCUAAGCUGCAGCAACAUUCACAGCGCUGCUUUAAAUUGAAUUGAACUAAAUUCUAUUAUGCAGUGAAUUACAGUGACCAGCUUUAAACUCAACACACUGGAAUGACUCAUGUUGGCUUGAAUUGGCUCGACACAACUAAUUGUAUUUGAGAACCACAAAACCUUAAAGUUACACACAUUUUCUUUAUUGUACAAACCGUAAGAUUAUCCCAAACCAUGUUGUGGAUGAAUUGUCAAAGGAGUUCUUUGUAGACUUCACGCUCGAAAGUAACUAAAACACUGAAAAUAGGCAUACUAUAUCACAGUGUGUGUUUGUUUUAAGGUUAUUAAAAAAAAAAUACAUUUGACAUACACAAGCCUGAGUUGUGUUCCUUUUAACCAGUCUGCUAAGAAAGAGUUGUAAUUGUAAACCUUUUUUCAUGGUGAGAAUUCAAUAUAAUUUCGGUAUUGGUUAGAUUAUUUCAGGAGUAAUUGCAUGGGUAUCCUCUUUACUAAUUGUAUGAGUAUGCAGCACACAUCUGUCACAAUACUCCAGAUGUAAUCCAAAUGUAAGGCCUUAAAGUGAUAGUUCACCCAAAAAUGAAAAUUCUGUCUGAAUCCAUUACAUUUUCCUCAAAGUAUGUCAAAGACUACUGAAUAAAGUCUCUGUUGUCUGUAUUAAGUAAGCAGCACAGAUAUGUAUGGAAUGUUUGUUCCACUACUAAUACCUCCACUAGUGCAGUUCAUUCUGACUGACAUGUGGCCGUAAUGGCAGUUGCGCCAUGAGGCCACAGUCACAGGACAGAGGGUGUGCUGGGGAGAGGUUUCUAAAGGAUAAUGGACAAGAGCAAGCAAUGAUUUACACCAAACAAAGAGGUUCAGAGAUUCAUGAAAUGUAUAGAUAUAAAUAAUAGAAAUGUUUCACAGGAAGCAGCAGUCAAAUGCAAUCCUUCGCAGUCAAUCUCCACAGUUAAUUGUCUAUUUAUUAAAUUCUUCAUAAGAACAAGCAUCUCAUUGAAAUGUAUGUUUUGUAUUAAAAGCAAAUAAGCAAAACAUUUAAACGUUUAAAUAUAAUUAAUCUAUAGUAUCAACAUGUAACAGUAUCUCCAUACUGUCUAUUUAUCGUAAAGAAAAUAAUAUUUAUAUAAUAAUAUAUGUUUUACAUAAAGUGCUUUCUAAAGCUUAAACCUCACGAUUGUUACAUAAAAACGUGUUUGAACACAUAAUUGCUGUAUAAAACAAAAAGAUUUGACAUUACGUACUGAAAGUUUGACACAUAUUUAUGUUUGAGUGCACUGCGCUAAUAAUACAGUAGAAUAAAAAGUCAUCAAAUAAAAGGAAUAAAAGUUGCACAAAAGUCCAUCAUUUGUACAAUCAUUGUCAGAUCAGAAACAAUACUCAAAACAACCUAAAGA